CAUGAAGCAAGUAAGGCUCUACUGACCUCUGGAACCACCCAGUGUGCAUCACUCAGUCACUGACAGCUAUGGCGACGAUUGUAAUGGAGAGAAUUGGGCGAGUGUUCAUCAGCCUGCAGCAGAUCAGGGCGGUUCCUCGGAUGCUGACCGAGGCGGCACCCUCCAUGCUCGGCACAGUGAGAGACGCUGAAGUUCCCCCUUUCCUCAGGGAGCGCUACAUCUACACCGGCUACCGACUGUUAAACCAAAAGUGGUGCUACUACUUCCUUUCUUUAUUCCAGCGCCACAAUGAGACCAUCAACGUUUGGUCUCACCUACUGGCAUCUUUAGCUUUUCUGGUUAAAUUCUGGCAUCUUGCUAAGACUGUGGACUUUGUUAGUGAUCAUCAUUCGUGGCCCCUGUUGGUCCUGAUCCUGUCCUCCGUGACCUACUCGGCAUUCAGUGUGGCAGCUCACCUACUGGGUGGCAAGUCUGAGCUGUGUCACUAUACCUUCUUCUUUCUGGAUUAUGUUGGGGUAGCACAGUAUCAGUACGGCAGUGCUGUAGGUCACUUUUACUAUGCUGUAGAUGAAAGCUUGUACAGAUAUGUUCAUGGGAUCUUCAUGCCCAUUGCUACUGUUCUCUGCUGUCUGUCAUGUCUGGGUUACUGCUAUGGCAAAUACUGCAACCACAGCCAACAAACUUGGGUGCAUAAGGUGGUCCAAGUGGUGCCCUCAGCGCUCGCCUUUAUCUGGGACAGCAGUCCUGUGACUAAAAGACUCAUAUCAUGGUCUACAGCCAGCAAUGACCCAGUCAUUAUCUAUCACUUUGGCCAAGUGGGUUUGUUUCUCAGCUGCGCCUUCUUCUUUACCUUCCCCCUACCGGAGCGCUGCUUCCCUGGGCGGUGCGAUUUUGUCGGACAGAGUCAUCAGAUGUUUCAUGUUUUAAUAUCUUGCUGCACCCUGUGUCAGAUCCAUGCUACCUACCUCGACUUCAUGGACCGUAGGAACCUGUACUCACGUCUGCAUCAGAGUGGUGACACCGCUCUCUUUGUUGGAUUGUAUCUGGUGACUUUGGUUAUAUGCGCGGUAAUGGUUGCCUUCAUGCUGAGGAAAGUAAGACUAGGGCUUGACUUCAAGGUCAAGUCCAAAUAAUGGAUUGAUUAACCCGGCUCAGUUCAAAUGUAAAGCAAUGCACCCAUCAGCACCUCUAAAACUCAAUAAUUAGCUUGUAAUAGUCUGUUUCAGGGGUGUUACUUGGCCAGUUCGCCAAUGACUGCCUAUGACAUUACAUGACCAAGAAAUAGUACGACAAGUAAUAACAAACUUGCUUAUAGCUCUCCAUCGCCUCAAAGGCGUGCAAUGUAGACACAGAUUAAUUUUGCCUUUUCAAACAGAUCCCCUUAUUGCAACAUUUUCAUUUGAAUAAAUUGAUAUCUGCUGAUAUCGUUUGCCUUUGUGUGUCCAGGCCUGUAGAUAUUAAACAAAUAUGUAUAUAACAAGUUAAUAAAUGAGCAUUAGAGGUGUUGGUAGGCACAUUUUUUAACUUUGCAUCCCAGCCAUUUUCAUGCACUAUUAGUUCUUGUGUAAAACCAAAGCCAAAUUAAGCUUAUGUCAACUAUUUCCUUCAGUCCCCCAAUAUAUCUGUCUUUUAAAAGAAGAUGUUUCAGUACUUAUAAACUAAAGCACUAUAUACUGUCAUCAAAGCAUGGCAGGAAAGCUUCAUACUGUAAGAAUAGUGAAUCUUAAUCUGAGCCUUAUUGCACUGUGUCUGCGCAGUCCAGAUAUUUAGUUAGACUACUGUAGAUGCAUUCGCCUUCUCUGUUGAAAGACAAAAUGUGAAAAUGUACCUUUAAUCUUACAUCUGACCAAUAAUAGGACAUGUCAGCAUGAGCUACAUUGAAGGGUAACUCAACCGUAAACAUAAUCUUGUCACAGAGAGUGCAGUGAAACUUCCUGUGUGAUAAUCUCAAUGCGAUAAUCUCAGAUUGCAUGUACUUCUCUUUUGUGCUAUUUAUAGUAUGUGUUGUUGUGAUACAAGUCACGUUUUCUGUUAUUUCACUUUACAGUUAUAAUACAACAAUUGG